AUGGCCUCGAUCCCCAUCCCGACCUUUCGCGAUCCACCGUGGCCCGAGAAGUGCGUGGUGUGCGGGAGGGCCGCCUCCGACCCCCUCAUCCUCAGGAAAAUAUGGGGAAUCCUGUUAUUUGUGUCUAUUUCUCUGCGUCCCCGUUAUUUGUGUCUAUUCUUGGCAUCGCUCCGACGCGUGCAUUUUUUCGGCGAGAACCAUCGAGGACCAUCCCGGACCAUCGAGCAAAAAAACACGCACGAAACCGAAAAAUGCACGGGAAAUGGACGUCUGAGCGAUGGCAAGUAUUUAUUUGUGCGUCCCAGGGCCCCUUCACAGCCCUCGCCGCCCAGAGGGGAUGUUACGCUCCUGGGGAGGUGCAGCACGGGGGAGGUGGGCAGCUCAUGGUUCGACUCACGCCACGGCACCGCCCGCGGGCGCGUGCCGGCGGACAACGUCAAGGCCAAGAUCCAGGAUAAGGAGGGCAUCCCGCCCGACCAGCAGCGCCUGAUCUUCGCCGGCAAGCAGCUCGAGGACGGCCGCACGCUCUCGGACUACAACAUCCAGAAGGAGUCUACCCUCCACCUGGUGCUGCGCCUGCGUGGCGGCCACUGCCAGGUGCCGUGCGGCAUCUUCGACGAUCCCAAGCUCGUCGCCGAGCUGAAGGAGGCGUGCGCCACGAUCACCAAGGCGAUUGCGCAGGGCAACGAGCUCUUCGCGGGCACGAUGACCGCACAGUCGUUCAACCAGAUGACGCGCUGGGUGAACACGAAGGAGGAGCAUUGCUCGAAGAUCAUCUCGACGAUCGCCGAGUACUGCCUCUGCCAGCGCGUCAAGCCAGUCGGUGACCCCAAGACCCCGUUCAAGAGCGAGGGCGAUUACGUGGACGCUCUCAAGGCGCACCACGCGGCGAUGGCGGCCGCGGUGAAGGCGAAGCAGUCGGCUGAUCCAGCAGCCGCCGAGGCCCUCGCCCACGCGAUCGACGACAUGUGCAAGAUGUACAUGCCCGCCUGA